AUGGCGGCCGACACGUCGGAGCGGUUGCAGUAUUGUUCCUCCGACCCUCAACCACCGACCGGCGCCGAGAGUUCCCCACCCCGUCCUGAGUCUGCCCCGUCGUCGCCGAAACAGGCCGAGGCGCCUCAGCCCCAAGGGCAAGAUGGAGCCCUCGAGCCUCCCCGAUCGGGGGUCGAGGGGGAUCCUAUUACCAUAAGCGAUGGGUCCGGCGGCGACGGGACCUCGAGGGACGCCCGUCCUAUGGACGAGGAGGCCUCGAUCUCUCUUGUUGCGGGACGGGCACCCUGGCCCGUCGGUCUUCGCUCCAUCGAGGAGCAGAGGAAGAAGGAGGAGGAGGAGAGGCAGCAAGAGACGCAGCGGCAACUGCAGGAGCAGGAACAUCGAUCGGAGCCGCAGGAGCUCCAAGAGCAGCUGCAGCAGGGGGGUCAACAGCUGGCAGAGCCGCUUGAUCUGCCCCAACCGGACCUGGAAGUGCUGCAGGAGCCUGGAAACUAG